GCUUUCUAUUCGCAUGAUCUUCUGUGUUUUCUCUUUGUAGACAUUCACAUUUUUGAUAUGUCAAAAAAGGUUACACAGCUGAUAACUUAUUUGACAUUGCCUUGUGUGCCUUUUCACUCUCUCUUUCUCCAAAGCAAGCGCUGUGCAUAUAGAUUUGUUUACCUGAACAGCUGAUAUACAAAUGAAGUUUUAAAUAAAAAAACACGUCAGACAAAUUCGUAAUAGUUUUGGCAGCAUAGGCAUAGUAUUUGAAGAUGUGUUCUCGCCAAAAAAGGAAACAAAACGUCGCGAAAAAUUGCUUUCAACGAAAGAAUAUUUGACCAGUACAACUUGUAUGAAAAACAAAAUAAUAAUAACACCUCCCAUAAAAAACACAGUUUGCCAGCAGUUGCCAGUAAAAAAUUUACACUUAAAGCUUUAAAAACAAUUUUAGGAAUAUGAAGCAGAAACUAUAUAACAUUGACAACCGAAAAAUAACUUCUCCAUUAGGAGUUACUUUUCACAAGCCACCGAUGGGAGCGAUGCUAAUACACAUAUCCUGCAGUAAUAUAUUGAUAUUUAUAGCUGGUUCACUAGUCGCUAUUGUUGCGUACUUACUGUCACAUACACUGCCAUUGGGUACAGUAUGGCGUAGUCCCACCAAACAACUACAGCAUCUGCCAGAGUCCCAUUACUUACAAGUGCGUGAUGAAUUUGCCAUAUAUGAUACAUCGUCAGAAUACGCGCUUAAAGAAUUCUACGGUGAAGCUGCUAGUGCUGUUGCUGAAGUUGAUGAAGCAAACAUCAAAGAAGCUUUGAGCUCGUUAAAAUUGGCUGAAGAAAUGCGUAAUGCUAAUAAAAUUGACAAAGCACAGCGUUUAUUUGAGCAUGCUUAUGCCUUAGCGCCAAAACAUGCAAAAGUACUACUAAGUUACGGCGAAUAUUUGGAAUAUAACCAAAAUGACUUUGUGCAAGCAGACCAAUUUUAUUUUCAAGCACUUAAUUUGAAUCCAGAAAAUGUGGAAGCACUUGUAAACCGCCAACGUACUGCCACUAUUGUACAAUCAAUCGAUGAACGCCGUUUGCAAACACUUGAUGUCAAACGUGAUGCGCUGUCUGCUAUACAUGAAUCGAAUGCUUCAUUACGUCGUGCCAAAAAGGAGGCGUAUUUCCAACACAUAUACCAUUCGGUGGGCAUUGAAGGAAACACAAUGACUUUAUCACAAACACGUUCUAUAUUAGAAACACGUAUGGCUGUGGAUGGGAAGUCAAUCGAUGAACAUAAUGAAAUCCUUGGCUUAGAUUUAGCUAUGAAAUAUAUUAAUGCCAGUUUAGUAAAUAAAAUGGAAAUCACAUUAAAGGAUAUUUUAGAAAUUCAUAGACGUGUGUUAGGUCAUGUUGAUCCAAUUGAGGGUGGAGAAUUUAGACGCACACAGGUUUAUGUUGGUGGACAUAUACCUCCAGGGCCAGGUGACUUAGCAAUACUUAUGAGACAUUUUGAAAAUUGGUUAAAUUCAGAACAGACCAUGUCACUACAUCCUGUGAAACAUGCGGCAUUGGCUCACUAUAAACUAGUGCAUAUACAUCCUUUUAUUGAUGGUAAUGGACGUACCUCCCGUUUACUUAUGAAUACACUACUUAUGCGUGCGGGAUAUCCACCAGUUAUUAUACCAAAGCAACAGAGACACAAAUAUUAUCAUUUUUUACAAUUGGCAAAUGAGGGUGAUAUACGCCCAUUUGUACGAUUUAUCGCUGAUUGCACUGAAAAAACAUUAGAUUUAUAUUUAUGGGCUACUAGUGACUUACCACAACAAAUACCAAUGUUAGCUCAAACAGAAAAUGAAUUGGCAAAUAUAGACAAAUUAGUUACUCCGAUAACAGCAAAAUCGGCAACUAUACCCUUAAGAUCAGAACAACAGAGAGCUACUAUAACUGCAAGAAAUAAGGACACCUCUUCUAAGUAUCAAUAUCGCGAAGAGUUUGCAGAAUCGGGUUCUGGAGAAAUUUUCUAGUGUUUAAUUUAUUAUUUAUAUAUUUUUGUAAAUAAUUUCUUAUUGCUGAUAUUUCAAUUCAACUGUGUUGGAAGAUAAUAUAUAUUAUAUAUUUUUUAAUCUAUGUAUAUAAAAUAAUUUAGCA